CUCUCUUCUCUCUCUCUCUCUCUAUGUAUAUUUAUAUGUAUAUGUAUAGUCAUCUCAUCAGUGUUAGCGGCGUUCAUGCCAUUUAGAGAGAACCAGAAAGAGAUCGAGAUAGCUGAGAUAGGUACGUCUAGAGGGAGCUGAGAUUUUUUGUUAAAGAGAGGGAAAGAGAGAAGCAAUGACGUCAGCGGCGUCUGUGACAAGAUGAACAAAGUAGCAAGAGGAGAGCAAGCCACUCGUCCCUCUCGUGAAAACCUUAGUGUCUCCAUAGCCCCGCCUCCAUCGUCCACCAACACUAAGGUGGCCGAAACAGAGAAAGGUCCGACGGCUGAUGAGAAGUUUCUGUUCAGUGAUGAAGCACUCCGUUGUUUUACAAGCUACCUUGAAUACCAUAAGAAGGCCUAG